GUUGUCGGGCUCGAAAAGUGCGCUGUGAUGUUUCUCACCGGGGUUCGCCUUGUACGAACUGUUGGCUGGAUGGCAAGACUUGUGUCGAAACGAAAAGACGUCCAAAAACUGGCCAAAAAAGCAAUGCUUCCUUCUAGCUGUCUAGGCUGUCCCGGCUUUGUUGCUCUCACAAAUAACCUGACCUUUGAACACGCAUAA